AUGUCUCAAAAGCAGAUGAAGGAAGCUUUUGUCAGUAACCUCAAUGGAACCACCAUCCUGGAAACUAUGCAGGUCUUGUGCUUGCCUGCACCUUGUGUCCUAUGCAGAGGGCUGCUGAUCGUUCUCUUACAGCACUUCUGUUCUUCAUAUACUUGGAGAACCCAGUUCUUCAUUGACUUUGUUGUCCUGAUAGUUCCCUUGGUGGCCACUUUAACCAUUUUGUCUUCAUUUCUCCUCCUUGAGCAGCUCACUAUAAUUACUUUUGUGGCAGGAUUGGCCUAUCAAAUAUACUGCAAGAGGACUUAUUAUGCCAGAGUGCCUGUGCAGAAAAUCAUUGAAAAUUUCUUGAAAACUAGUGUAGAAUCAGAAUACAUUCCAGCCAUCUCCUGUUUCCGUGUAACUAACCAUGUAUUUACUGCUAUUGCCAUUUUGGCUGUAGACUUCCCACUUUUUCCCAGAAGAUUUGCCAAAACAGAACUCUAUGGGACAGGAAUAAUGGAUUUAGGAGUAGGUGGCUUUGUUUUUGGGACUGCAAUGGUUUGUCCAGAGGUUAAGAGAAAGUCCAACAUAGAAGGAUCCAGAUUUUAUCACCUUACAAAGUCAUUGCACUCUGUUUGGCCAUUAGUCUUCCUGGGAAUAGGACGACUAGUCAUUAUAAAAUACAUAGCGUAUCAGGAACAUUUAACUGAAUAUGGAGUUCACUGGAACUUUUUUUUUACCUUGGCAGUUGUGAAACUGGUAACGUCACUGCUUUUGAUUAUUUUUCCCCUAAAUAAAUCCUGGAUUGUGGCCAUCAGCAUUGCUGUAUUAUACCAGCUAGCACUUGACUUUACCCAACUAAAGAGGCUAAUUCUGUAUGGGACUGAUGGCAGUGGCACAAGGGUUGGUUUAUUAAAUGCCAACCGAGAAGGAAUAAUCUCUAUUUUGGGGUAUUUGGCAAUAUACAUGGCAGGUGUGCAAACAGGGUCAUACCUGCUUAAUAAAAGAUCACACAUCAAAGACUGGAUCAAAGUAAUAUAUUGUCUUCUACUGACAGGUAUUAGCCUCUUCAUGUGUCUUUACAUAGUUCAAGCAAAUACAGAAGCAGUAUCUCGAAGAAUGGCCAAUUUAGCAUUUUGUGUUUGGAUAGUUGCUUCUAGCCUGAUUUUUCUUAGUAAUUUUAUAGUGAGUGAUAUAAUUUUGAGUUUUGCCAAAUUUCUGUUUAAGGGGCCUCUAGUACCAUGUUCUUGGAAACUUAUCCAGUCAUCUGCUACAACUGAAAAGCAGUCUGAAUCUCUAGUCUCUGAAGCUGAAAAGAGAGCCAAUCUUUGUUUAAUCACAGCUAUUAACAGAAACCAGUUAUUUUUUUUCUUGCUGUCAAAUGUAACAACUGGCUUGAUCAACCUGAUGGUAGAUACAUUACACAGCAGUACCUUGUGGACCUUAUUUGUGCUGUAUCUCUACAUGCUUACCAACUGUUUAAUUGUAUUUCUGCUACAUUUGCAAGAUAAGACUAUAAAACUUUGGUGA